AUGGCCGAGCUUGAUACUCUGGACAUCAUUGUCCUGUCCGUGAUUCUUCUCGGCACGGCCGCCUACUUCACCAAGGGCAAGUACUGGGCCAUUGAGAAGGACCCCUACGCCAAUGGUUUCGCCAGCGCCGGCGGCCCCAAGGCCGGCAAGACGCGCAACAUUAUCGAGAAGCUAGAUGAGUCCGGCAAGAACUGUGUCAUAUUCUAUGGAUCCCAGACUGGUACCGCCGAGGACUACGCCUCCCGUCUCGCCAAGGAGGGCAAGUCUCGUUUCGGCCUCGAGACUAUGGUCGCCGAUCUUGAAGAUUACGACUUUGAUAAUCUCGACGCCGUCUCCACCGACAAGGUCGUCAUGUUCGUCCUGGCUACCUACGGUGAGGGUGAGCCCACCGACAACGCCGUUGAGUUUUACGAGUUUAUCACGGGCGAGGACGUCUCGUUCAACGAAGCCAACGAGCCUGCUCUCGGAAACCUCAACUUCGUCGCUUUCGGCCUCGGUAACAACACGUACGAGCACUACAACUCGAUGGUUCGCAAUGUUACAAAGGCUCUCGAGAAGCUUGGUGCUCACCGCAUCGGCGAGGCCGGCGAGGGUGACGAUGGUGCCGGUACCAUGGAAGAGGACUUCCUCGCCUGGAAGGAGCCAAUGUGGACCGCCCUUGCUGAGAAGAUGGGUCUUGAAGAGCGCGAAGCUGUCUAUGAGCCCAUCUUCAGCAUCACGGAGCGCGAAGGCCUGACUCCUGAGUCGCCGAGUGUACCUUCCCCAGUGUCCCGCCAGUUUGUUUCCACCCUGGCUGCUUUCGCCCCCAAUGACACCGUUCGCGCCGAGAUGACUAGACUUGGCGGUGACAAGGACUACUUCCACGAGAAGACGGGUGCCCACUACUUCAACAUCUCCCGCUUCCUUUCCUCCGUGAGCGGCGGCGCUCCUUGGGCCAAUAUCCCCUUCUCCGCCUGGAUCGAGGGCAUCACCAAGCUCCAACCCCGCUACUACUCCAUCUCCUCCUCCUCCCUCGUCCAGCCCAAGAAGAUCUCCAUCACCGCCGUGGUCGAGCGCCAGGCUAUUCCUGGCCGCGAAGAAGACCCCUUCCGCGGUGUCGCCACCAACUACCUCUAUGCCCUCAAGCAGAAGCAGAACGGCGACCCGAACCCCGAGAUCUUUGGCCAGACAUACGAAAUCACUGGUCCCAGGAACAAGUACGACGGUAUCCACGUGCCUGUACAUGUUCGCCACUCCAACUUCAAGCUGCCUUCUGACCCCUCUCGUCCCGUCAUCAUGGUUGGCCCUGGCACCGGCGUCGCACCCUUCCGUGCCUUCAUCCAGGAGCGUGCCAAGCAGGCCGAGGACGGCGCGACUGUCGGUCCAACACUGCUCUUCUUCGGCUGCCGCAAGUCUACCGAAGACUUCGUUUACAAGGAGGAAUUCGAGACGCAGUCGUACAAGAAGUCCCUCGGCGACAGCUUCGAACUCAUCACGGCCUUUUCCCGCGAGGGCCCCAAGAAGGUCUACGUCCAGCACCGCCUGCGCGAGCCCCCCCCAGCAGGUCAAACGACCUCCUUCAGGAAGAAGGCUUACUUUCUACGUCUGGUGGGGGACCCCGCCAACAUGGCGCGCGAGGUCAACACGUUCCUCGGCCAGAUCAUUGCCGAGCAGCGCGGCGUGUCCGAGGCUAAGGCUGAGGAGAUUGUCAAGGGCAUGCGCGCGGCGAACCAGUACCAGGAGGACGUCUGGUCUUAA